GUAACUGGUUAAUUAUUUUUAUAAAUAUUAGUUUAUAAAAGUUUGAAAAAUAAAAUGAUUUUCUUUAUUAAACAGUGCCACCUGGUAGGUGUUGCUGAUAGCUUUUCCAAGGACCGACGCCGGUAAAAAACAUUAAAUGUGAGGUUAAGAUUUGUUUGGUACUCAGAUUUUCAGAUUCAGAAUUCUUAAAAAUUAUUGCACCUAUUAUAGGAUAUAUUUAACCUAACUAAUUUGCAUAGAAUAUAACGCUGUUUAAAAAUGACCGAAAAACAACCAAAACAACUAUCUGCUGCCGAAGCCGAAUUAUAUGACAGACAAAUACGUUUAUGGGGAAUAGAGUCUCAAGAAAAAUUACGUGCAGCUAAUGUGCUUUUGAUUAACAUACGAGCUCUUGGAUCUGAAAUUGCUAAGAAUAUUUUGUUAUCAGGAAUCAACUCUCUGACAAUAUUAGAUGAUGGAAUUGUCACAGAGAAGGAACAAGCUAAGAAUUUUCUUAUUGCUGGAAAUAGGACCGGAGAUAAGAUAGCUGAAGCUGUAUUAGAAAGAGCUCAAGCGUUGAACCCCUUGGUUACAAUAAAAGCAGAUUCAGAUUCUCCAGCAUCGAAAGAUCCCAGUUUCUUUAAAGAUUUCACAAUUAUUGUUGCCACAUGUGUAAAAACUGAUGUGUUACUCAAAAUCGAUAAAGUAUGUAGGGCAAAUAAUAUCAAACUAAUUGCUGGAGAUGUGUUUGGACUGUUUGGAUAUUCUGUUGCUGAUUUUCAAAAUCAUCAGUAUCAUGAGGAUCAAAUCCAGUUAAUUAAGAAAGGAAAGAAGAGGACUCAUAAAGGUGAGAAAGUCACUGUUAAAGUCCAGUGUGAAAUCAACUAUCCAGAUUUAAACAAAGUUCUCAUACUGCCUAAUACAAAACAAAAUAUUGAUAGUAUAAAGAAGUCCAAAAGAAGAAAUGAUUUGUUUUACCUCGUUUUAACUUUGCUUGAAUUCAGAAAUAGAGCUGAACGCAACCCUGAGGCCAGUACUGAACAAGAAGAUAUAAAAACUCUGCAAAAGAUCAAAAAUGAGAUUUUUGAAUUGUACCAAGUAGAUGAAUUGAAAUCAAAACUAACAGACAAACAUUUUGAUCUUGUUUUCAGUGAAAUAGGUCCAGUGUGUGCCAUUUUGGGUGGUGUUAUAGCUCAAGAAGUCAUCAAAGCUGUUUCCCAUAGGGAAGUGCCCAUAAAUAAUAUGUUUUUGUUUGAUCCGAUUACAUACGACGGAACAGAAGAAAAUGUAGGUGCUUAAAUUUGCUCUGUAAUUAUUGUACCUUACAAAUUAGCAAAAUACUUGUGUUUUAAUUUUUCGUUAAUUGUUUAAUUAUGAUAGUAAUUUCACUUUAAUUUAAAACAUUUUUGAGUUUUCUAUAUUUUGGGGAGAAAUAUCAAAAUAUAUGAUACAUAUUACACGUCCUAAUGGCAGGUCCCAGCUGUACCAAAAUCAGAAUAAGUGUUUGUAUCUGUACGAAAAUGACAUGUAUUUUAAGAUAUGGUUUUUAUUUCAAAUAAACUGGAAAAAAUCAUAGAAAUUUAAUAUAUGAGGCUAUGCGUGCAACAAGGGUGAACUCCAAUGGCGAGUUUGCCCUUGUUGCCCGGAUAGUCUCAUAUUCUUGGGUUUUGAGGCUGUUUAUCAGUUUGAGUAGGAAGUAAGUCAAUUAUAAGUAUUGAAUCAUUGGAUUUUCAAUGAUUUAUAUGAGUGAUGAAUAUCCUACCAUAUACAGGGUGAGUCACCACUAACGGGACGGAAGAUUACAGCGAAAUGGUAAAAGAUUUGAAAAAAAAAUUAAAUUAGUAGUUUGUAAGUUGAUAAAAUCUACAUUUUAAAAUUAUUUUGAAAUAUACAGGAUGUCCCAAUAAAUGGCGGCGUAUCAAAGUUAUAUUUUUUCUUAUGGAACACCCUAUAAUUUAUUGCAUUUUUAAUUGUCCACAAAAAGAAGGUAUAGUUUCAUAAGGCUUCCCUAUACCUAUGUACAGAGUGUUCUGAGUUAUGUUGACUUUUCUUAAAAUGUAAAGUUUUAAAAGAAGGCUUAUUCUCAAGUUAUUUAAGAAAUUAUAAAAAAAUUACUUUUACAUUUAAAUAUUUGGAUAUUGGUUGAGUGUAUUUCAUGAUUAAUUAUUACACAUUUAUUUACAGGGUGUUCAAAAUUUACAGUUUCAUUAUUGGAUUAUUCAAUGUGUCAUAUGAUUCUUAUUUAAAAUGGAACACCAUGUAUAUUAAUAAAUAAUUAUACUAAACAAUUUUACCUCUUUCGAAUGGUAUAUGGAUGUCCUAUACCUAGGUCUCACAGUUUUUGCGUAAUUUACAAUUAUUUAAAUUCUUAAUAUAUAAAUCGAUUUUAAAACAAAAGAUGUAGUUAAUUAAUGGCAUUGUAUGACAUUGUCACCUUAUGACAGUACGGUCUGGUUUUUAUUUUAUAAUUAAUGUAUUCCAUGAUUGAUUAUUACACAUUUAUUUACAGAGUGUUCAAAAUUUACAGUUUCAUUAUUGGAUUAUUUAAUGUGUCAUAUGAUGCUUAUUUUAAAUAAAACGCCAUGUAUAUUAAUAAAGUAAUGUACUAAACACAGGUUCAUCUUUCGAAUGGUAUAGGGAUGUUCUAUAACUAGGAGUCAUAGUUUUUGCGUAAUUUACAAUUUUCUUAAACGGUAAAUUGAUUUUAAGAAUAAUAUUUAUAGUCACUCUCGAUUUUUAAACUGUACGAAAUAAAUGUUUGUUUACUGUAUCAUAAUGAAAUGAAAAUUAUGUCUAUUUACUAGACCAUUAUUAUGAAAAGUAGGUAUAUUGGUCUGUAUACAAUACAUUAAAAAAAACAGGAUCUUCUAUAAAGUCUAAAGUCCAUAAACGAUAAGUUAAAUAUUUAUCAUAAUCCUGUUUGGUUUAAUACUGGUGUAGUUGAGUUUUAUAUGGAUAAUAGUGGUUUCUCUUAAGUAUUCUAACAGUCGUUUGACUGAUGUACAAUUCACCCGAAAUUUUUUCUUUACUAGAAUAACUUUCCGUAUGCAACGUUACCAGUAGCUCGGAAUCUAUUGAAAUCUCUCAAAAACUUCCUUUUUUGGGUGUCUU